GAUCCGCGUCGCGAGCGGGCGAGAGAACGCGGGUCCCGGGAGUCCCGGCGCCCUGCCGUCUUCCAUUGCGUCCCCGCGGCGUGUGUAGGACGGAGGCGGACAUGGAGCCCCAGAGGUCUCCCCUGUCAGAAGUGAAAGGGAAUAUAGAGCUGAAGACACCCCUGGUCACGGGCUCUUCCCGACUUCCUCUCCCAGGAAGCAGGCUCAAGAGGGGGCCUGAGCAGAUGGAAAAUGCCUUGGAGCCCGAAAAGAAACGGAUACGAGGGCUGGGUCCGUCGACCAAAAUUGUCUCAUCCCGGCCCAGAGCAGCCCCACUCAGCACUGUGUCACAGACCCAAGGCCAGGUUACAGCUCAGAAAGUUGCCAAGAAGGUAGGAGCCCGGAGUUCCACAAGUGUCGCCACAGUGUUGAAGAACCAGAAGCCAGCCCCUGCCGUUCCUUCCCAGAAGCCUGGCACAUCAGCCGCUCCUCCCGUGGUGGGAGGGAAGAAACCUGGCAAGCGUCCGGCCUGGGACCUCAAGGGUCAGUUAUGUGACAUGAGUGCAGAGCUGAAACGCAGCCGUGAGAGGACUCAGACGUUGAGCCAGGAGAACCAACAGCUGCAGGAUCAGCUCAGAGAGGCCCAACAACAGGCCAAGGCCCUAGGAACAGAGCGCAGGACACUGGAAGAGGAGUUGGCCAGGGUACGGACCCAGGCCGAGCAGGGUCAGCGGGAGCUGGGGAGCCUGAGUAGCCGUGUCCUGGAGCUGGAAGAGCGACUGGGCACGCAGGAGGGCUUGGUGCAAGAGCUGCAGAAAGAACAGCUGGAAUUGCAGGAGGAGCGGAGGGGCCUGGCCACGCGACUGGAGGAACAGGAGAGGAGGCUGGAAGCAUCAGAGGCUGCUCUGUCAAGCAGCCAAGCAGAGGUGGCGUCUCUGCGGCAGGAGGCCGCAGCCCAGGCAGCCUUACUUGCUGAGCGAGGAGACCGUCUCCACGGGCUAGAGAUGGAGCGCCGACGACUGCACAACCAGCUGCAAGAACUCAAGGGCAACAUCCGGGUGUUCUGCCGGGUCCGCCCUGUCCUUCCAGGGGAGCCUACCCCACCCCCUGGCUUCCUCUCAUUUCCCUCUGGCCCUGGUGGGCCCUCUGAUCUUCCAACCCGCCUUAGCCUCUCCCGCUCUGAUGAUCGGCGUGGGACCCUGAGUGGGGCACCAGCUCCUACCACCCGCCACGACUUCUCUUUUGACCGGGUAUUCCCACCAGCAAGUGGCCAGGAUGAAGUGUUUGAGGAAAUCUCCAUGCUUGUCCAGUCAGCCCUGGAUGGCUACCCAGUAUGCAUCUUUGCUUAUGGCCAGACAGGCAGUGGCAAGACCUUCACAAUGGAAGGUGGGCCUGGGGGAGACCCCCAGUUGGAGGGGCUGAUUCCUCGGGCCCUGCGGCACCUCUUCUCUGUGGCCCAGGAGCUGAGUGGCCAGGGCUGGACCUACAGCUUUGUGGCAAGCUAUGUAGAGAUCUACAAUGAGACUGUCCGAGACUUGCUGGCCACUGGGACCCGGAAGGGCCAAGCAGGAGAGUGUGAGAUUCGCCGGGCAGGACCAGGGAGCGAGGAGCUUACCGUCACCAAUGCUCGAUAUGUCUCUGUUUCCUGUGAGAAAGAGGUGGAGGCCCUGCUCCAUCUGGCCCACCAGAAUCGAGCUGUGGCCCGCACAGCACAGAAUGAGCGGUCAUCACGCAGCCACAGCGUGUUCCAGCUGCAGAUCUUGGGGGAGCACCCUAGCCGAGGCCUGCAGUGUGGGGCCCCUCUCAGCCUUGUGGAUCUGGCUGGGAGUGAACGACUAGACCCCAGCCUAGCCUUCGGCCCUGGGGAGCGGGAACGUCUUCGGGAAACACAGGCCAUUAACAGCAGUCUGUCCACGCUAGGGCUGGUCAUCAUGGCCCUGAGCAAUAAGGAGUCCCAUGUGCCUUACCGGAACAGCAAGCUCACGUACCUGCUGCAGAACUCUCUGGGGGGUAGCGCCAAGAUGCUCAUGUUUGUGAACAUUUCCCCUCUAGAAGAGAACGCCUCUGAGUCCCUCAACUCUCUGCGUUUUGCCUCCAAGGUGAAUCAGUGUGUUAUUGGCACUGCCCAGGCCAACAAGAAAUGAAGAUGGAUCCGGUUCCUUAGCAUGCGUGCGGGUGUGUGUGCGUGCCUGUGAGUGUGUUUAGGGGAGGAGGUUGGUAAGGGGUGCUUUACUGGGUGGCGGAAGCUAUGUACCCGACUUAUCAAAUAAAGAAGUUUUUUUUUUUUUAAAUAAAGAUUUUAUUAGCAUUUGCC